AUUUUUUUAAAUGUAUUUUUAUGCUUUGGAGUAGUAAAUACAUUUAAUUACAAUGUCGGCAAAACCAAGCAGUCAAAUAUUCGCCGGAUCUAGAGUAUUAGGUUAUGUUAGUACACAUGUACCUUUUGUAGCCAGAUUUAUUAAAAGGCGCGGAGAAACACUGCUAUGUACAAGUGUAGGAAAGUGGUUUCAUACUUAUGGAUGUGAUAAGUUUCGUUUGCUUAGUAUUAGUGGUGAACAUCCAGGGCCAAUCACUUGUAUGAGCGGCGAUAAUUUUCAUGUAUAUACAGCUAGUGAAAACGAUAUAUAUGCCUGGAGACGAGGAUGCGAACUAAAGCAUGUUUACAAAGGUCAUCAGGCACCUAUUCACAAAAUACUACCUUUUGGUAUACAUCUCAUAUCAAUUGAUAAAAACAAUGUAUUAAAAAUAUUUGACAUUAAAGAAGAAACGGAAUUCUUGGAAUUAGGUUUCGAUGAAAAGGAUUUCAAAAUAUCUACCAUUUGUCAUCCUCCAACUUAUUUGAACAAGAUAUUACUUGGUAGCCAGCAAGGAAAACUUCAAAUAUGGAAUGUGCGUACUUCAAAGUUGGUGUACACAUUUGACGGUUGGAAAUCUCCAGUUACGGUUACGGAACCCGCACCAGCUGUUGAUGUCGUCGCUAUCGCUUUAGCCAAUGGCAAAAUUAUUUUACACAACUUGCGCUACAAUGAGAAGGUUAUGGAGUUUGUUCAUGAUUGGGGCAAGGUCAGUUGCUUGUCAUUUAGGUUGGAUGGGAUCCCUGUAAUGGUGACCGGGAGCACUAAAGGACACAUUGUGAUGUGGAAUUUAGAAGAGAAGAAGGUAAUGUCACAAAUUCAAUCAGCUCAUUCAUCCCGAGUGGCCGGUCUGCAGUGCUUGGCAUCGGAACCUUUAAUGGUGACAAAUUCUCAAGAUAACUCUUUAAAGAUGUGGAUCUUUGAUAUGCCUGAUGGUGGUGCUAGACUUUUGAAGAUAAGAGAAGGACUUUCUCGUCCUCCAAACUUGGUGCGUCACUGUGAACCAACAGGGGAGAAUCUUUUAGCUGCAGGAAGAGACAGUAGCCUGCACAUCAUGAAUACUGUCACGGAGACAUUUAAUAAGAGUAUGGGAAGAGCAUCUCAUAAUAGAAAGGCUUCUAAAAAGAAAAAGAGAAUUGAAGUAGACUACCUAGUUUUACCACCAAUAACAAAACUAAGUUCUUGUAUGCAACGAGAUAAACAAUGGGACAGUAUAGCUUCUCUUCAUGACGGCAUGUAUAUGGCCACCACUUGGUCUUACAACAGGAUAUUUAUGGGGGAACAUAAGCUUAAACCUCCGGAAAUGGAUAAAGGUGUUCAGGCUACAUGUUUAACGGUUACACACUGUGGAAACUUUGUUGUUAUAGGUUAUUCUAAUGGACAAGUGCAUAAAUUUAAUAUGCAGUCAGGAAUUUAUAGAGGAUUUUAUGGCAAAGAGAAAAAAGCAGCUCACAAAGGAGCGAUCAGAGGAGUGGAGACUGAUCUUUGCAAUCAAAGAGUAUUUACAGUGGGCGCUGAUGACAAAAUCAAGUUUUGGUACUUCAAAUUAGCUACGAGCCCAUUCCAUAUAAUGAAGUUAGAAGAGUCAGUAAACAGCACUAAAUAUCACAGGGAGAGUGGUUUAUUGGCGCUUGCUAAUGAAGACUUUACAAUAACUUUGAUUGAUGUGGAUACUAUGAAAGUUGUAAGAAAAUUUGACGGACAUAUAGGCAAGAUAAAUGAUAUAGAUUUUGAUUGUCAAAGCAGAUGGUUGGUGAGUUCUUCAAUGGAUUGUACUAUUUGUACUUGGGACAUACCAAGCGCACAGCUUGUGGAUAUAUUCUAUGUGGAACAGCCAUGUACAUCAUUAAGUAUGUCUCCCACUGGAGACUAUUUGGCCACCACACAUGUCGGAGAGUUGGGUGUCUUUCUUUGGGCCAACAAACUUUUGUAUGAAAGAAUUUUCCUCAAAGGCAUUGACAGGAGUGCAGUUGAUAUUCCCAAAUUAAAAUUACCAAACUCGACAAUUGAAAAGCCAGAAAUAGAAGAUAUAGGAAUCAUAGAUUUGGGUGAACCUGAAUAUAAAUCUCCCGAACAAAUAAGUAGAGAACUUAUAACAUUAUCCGAUCAGCCGACAUCGAGGUGGCUUAAUCUUUUGAAUUUGGACAUAGUUAAAAUGAGAAAUAAACCUAAAACAGCAAUAACGGUUCCCAAAUCCGCGCCAUUCUUCCUCCCUACAAUACCGAGUCUUGAACUCGAGUUCGAUUUGGAGAAAGACAAAGAAAAUGGUGAUAGAAAACUUUUGAUACCAGAAUCUUUAUCUACGUUGUCGCCGUUCGCAAAACGACUAGUCGCUUGUAAUAAUCCAGAGGAAUAUGGACCGUGUGUGGAUAAACUUAAGACUCUAUCUCCCGCGGCCAUAGAGGCAGAAAUUAUAAGCAUGGGAGUAGACGCGGGGGGUUCCAUAGAGGUCAUGGAACACUUCUUGUCUAUGGUCGGCUGUAUGCUUAAAACUAACAGAGACUUCGAAUUGGCGCAGUCCUAUUUAAGUUUAUUCCUAAAGACUCAUACUAAAGCAAUAUCUCAAAGUAAAGAGUUAUUAAACGUCCUUGAAUCUGUGGAAGAAGCCGCGACGGAGACUUGGUCGCGACUUCAGGCACAUCUCAUGUAUAACAUUUGUGUUGUUAAAGCAUUAAAAGAUAUGUAA